GAGACGCAGGUGAGCGGACACUGACCGCACCGUACCCGCUCUCCAUCACCGCAGGGGGAUUAAAAACACACACAGACCCAGAGAAUCCUCCAGAGACAGAGAGCGGAUAUUUCCUCGAGGCCCUGGUCAGAUAGAGAGAGAGAGGCGGUCAUCACAGAGAGUCAGCUGCAGCUCAGACUGUGAUGGUACCAGUUGACCUUCUUCCAUCCAUCUCUCUACGACAGUGAAUCAGUGAAGGUCGUUCAGAGAUGACAGAACCAGGAGCCAGAGUGGUGAAGCCUCCUCAGAUACUGAUGCUGUGUCUCCUCCCGCUGCUGUGGCUGCAGCCGGAAGACGCCAAAGCCUGGAAGCAAACCGGGCCACGACUGCAGCUCUCCCACUCAGAUCUGAAGAACAGCUCGGCCGUCUUCUGGGAGGGCGGAGUCAGCGGUGGAUACCAGGCCUUGUUAUUGGACGAGGAUCAGGGGUGGCUGUUGGUGGGAGGGAAGGACUACAUCUACCUGCUGAGGCCGGACAGCCUGGACCGGCCAAUGCACACGAUCCACUGGCCCGCUGCCAAAGAACAUGUGGAGCACUGCAGGCUGGCCGGGAAAAGUCUGGAGACGGACUGCGCCAACUUCGUGCGUCUGCUGCAGCCGUUCAAUAAGACCCACGUUUAUGCUUGUGGCACCGGCGCCUUCCAUCCACAGUGUGCAUACCUACACAUAGCACUCAGCACAGAGGAGCCGUUGUUCAUGUUGUCUCAUUUGGUGGAGUCUGGCAGAGGGAAAUGUCCGUUCAGUCCCAGAGAGCCGUUCACUGCUCUGCUGACCGACGGUGAGCUGUAUGCAGGAACCUCGGUAGACUUCAUGGGAGCGAACGCAGCGAUCUUCCGUACGUCUGUUCAUGGCAGCAGUCAACAUUACAUCCGGACUGAAGCGUACGACCACAACUGGCUCAACGAGCCGGACUUCAUCGGCUCCUUCUCCAUCCCCGACACCCACAGUCCGGACGACGACAAGGUCUACUUCUUCUUCAAGGAGCGUGCGACGGAGGCCGGACAGUGGGACAAGAGGGUCUACAGCCGCGUGGCUCGAGUCUGCAAGAAUGACGUAGGAGGAAAGAGGAGUCUGAUCAACCGUUGGACCACCUUCCUCAAAGCCAGACUGGUGUGUUCGGUGCCCGGUCCGUCUGGAGUCGACACACAGUUCAAUGAGCUCGAGGACAUCUUUGUUCUGGAGACGAAGGACCCUCAAAACCCGACCGUCUAUGGCGUCUUCAGUACGUCCAGCUCUGUAUUUCCGGGUUCGGCAGUGUGUGUGUUCUCCAUGGCGUCCAUCCGAGCUGCUUUCAACGGACCGUUUGCCCACAAAGAAGGUCCUGACUACCGCUGGGUGGAGUACAAGGGCCGCAUCCCAUACCCGAGGCCUGGCACCUGUCCCAGCGAGACGUACGACGCUCUCCAUAAGUCCACCCAGGACUUCCCUGACGAGGUGGUGAGCUUCAUGCGGCAGCACCAGCUGAUGUGGGAGCCGGUCCUGCCUCUGGGCCGCAGACCCAUCCUGACCCGGGUCAACGCACCCUACAGGCUGAAGAAGGUCGUGGUGGACCGGGUGGACGCCGAGGACGGACCCUACGAUGUCCUACACCUGGGCACAGAUGAUGGGAAGGUGGUGAAGGUGGUGUCGGUCAUCAAAGACAGCUGGGACACGGAGGAGAUCAUUCUGGAGGAGCUGACUGUCUUUCAAAGUCCCACUCCAAUCCUGAGCAUGGAGCUGUCUACCAAGAGACAACAGCUGUACGUGUCCAGUGAGCUCGGCGUGGUCCAGCUGGGGCUCCAGAGGUGUGAGCUGUACGGGGCCGACUGUGCCGAGUGCUGCCUGGCCAGAGACCCCUACUGCUCCUGGGACGGCCAGACCUGCUCCAGAUACUUCCCCACCAGCAGGAGGCGGGCGAGGAGACAGGAUGUGAAGUACGGAGACCCCCGGAGUCAGUGCCCAAUCACAGAGGACGAUCCGGAGUCCGUGGAGGUGAGGUCGGUGUACGGCGUGGAGGGGAACUCCACCUUCCUGGAGUGCGUUCCUCGCUCACCUCAGGCCGAGGUCAGGUGGACGGUGCAGCUGACGGAGAGCCAGACGCUCAGCCAGACACACAGGUCUCUCUCUCUCUCUCUGUCCGAAGAUGAGCGCUCCCUCCACAUGAAGCGAGGGUUGCUGGUUCAACGCCUGGAGCUGGCUGACUCGGGCCUCUACACCUGCGCCAGCCACGAGCACUCCUACAGCCAGGUCCUGGCCCGGUACCGGAUCCACAUCAUCCCCACCCACAGCCUCCAACCCCGACACCAGCAGAGCCUCGGCCCCAACCAGCCGGGCCCCGUGGCCCUCGGGGUCGCCGGGUUCCUCGGCCAGUCCGGACCCAACCACCAUCUACCGGUUCAAUCUGCGGGCCACAGGAACUCCUGGCUGCCUCUGAAGAGCUACAAAGACCUGCAGAUGGUCGGGACCAACAGCCUGAGCGUGGACGAGUACUGCGAGCAGCUGUGGUACCGAGAGAAACGCCGGCAGCAGAAGCUUCGCACUCUGAAGCUGAAACAGGAGAGCAGGAAAGCUCGGGUGAGGAGGAACAACCCUCCGGAGACUCCGCUCUAGUCGGUGGAGGACUUAAGAGAGACUGCUGAUGGACUUCAGAUCCUGAACUAGGAGACGUUUCCUCUACAAUGUUUGCUUUUUGAGCAAAUAAUGCCAUUAAAAACUAAAAUAAGACAUUAGUAUGUCCUCAUCCUGAAUAUUUUGGCAUCUGAACUAAAAUUGAUAUGUAGAAAAAUGUCUUUUGUCUCUGAAUUUAUAUUAUUAGAAAUAUGCAUUAUUGUUUUUUGUGGCGUCAGGUAAAUAAAAAAUAUAAAUCAGCUCAUGACACAGAAUCCAAAAAUAUGUUAUGUUAAAUAUAACAGAGAAUAGUUACAAGACAAUAUACUGUAUUAUCUGUCCACCUCAUCAGACACAAAAAGACGUGGUUAAAAGGGAAAUGAUGCAUCUGAUCAUAUUUCAGUUUACAUAACGUCAUCUUAUUAUCUGUCAAGUACAAUCUACCAUUUGUUGUGUCUCAGCUAAUUAGCUUAGCGAUGCCAAAAACUGUUCAGAGUUUAAAGGGAUAGUUGUGAUGUUUAGAAGUGUGGUUGUGUGAGGUACUUCUCUAUCGUCACUAUAUUACUGCAGUAGAUGGAGUAAAGUAAAGUACUGCUGUGGACGUAUUUAAGACACCUAAAAGAAUCAAUAUCAGUUCAAGAGUACACUUUAUUUAGAAUAUUUAAACCUCUACUUUGCUGUCACACAGACCUUUAUGACGGGAGCUGAAGCUCUCUUCAAAGACAUUUUAUCUCUUAGAACACAGGAGUGGCUGGUUUACUGUUGCCUCCAUCUGUAUUUGUUUUUUGUUGUUGUGUGACUUUGGUGUUUUAAAGGAUUAAUUCAGAUUCACCAAAGUCACAUAAUAGCAUGAACUAACUAACUGGUGGAGUCAGCUGUAGACCAACAACUCCUGUGGUCCAUGAGGUAAAUUUACUAUUUUUCUGAAUGGAGUUUGGUGAGUUUGAAGAGAGCAUAGAUUCCAUACUGUACUCCUGCCUGCUUUUCAAAACUAGGAGCCUCCACCGUCUACUGUAGUAAUACACAGCUUCUGGAUAAGUAUCGCAUACAACAUCACUUCAAAACUUCACAACUAAAUAUAGAACUUUUAGUGUUUCAGACGAGUGGGCUAAAGGAGGAAACCUCGUCAGACUAUUUACUUUUACUUUAAUGUUUUGAAUUUACAAAUAUCCACACUUCAAUAAGUAUUUUUCUGUCCAAAAUAUCUAUUCAGAAAAUGGCACCAGAUAGUAAAUAAUGGACGGACAUAGAGGUGAAACUAUAUCAGGAUCUCACGCACAAUGCCGACAGAAAUAUGUAAACUAUAUAUAUAUAAACAGUAUAAAUUAAUGACAGAACAAGAAAAGUGUUUGCCGAUGUACUGCUUCACAUGUAACUGUGUUUAAACAUAAAAUGUUUGACUUGUAUUUAUGUUUGUUUUGAGACGUAAUCUACACAGAUUAGAUCUACUUCAUAUUUACAGAGUGAAUAAAAGCCUCAGUGGAAACGCACACAUGAAAUGGACCUUGCCUGAAAAUACACAAUGUAUAGCUUAUGUGUUACUCAUGUGUAUUAAAGAACUCUAUUUUUGAUAGUUUUCUUUCUUUGUAUUCUAGAUUCUGUAUUUUCUCAAUGUUUAUAUGAACUCGUGUGUUUCUCAUAAGCAAAAUAAAAACUUUUUUCAAUUUUAAUAA